GUGAGGAUGAGUUGGAAAUAUCUCCCUAUGACGACACAAUGAUGGAUUCUCACAUGGCCUCCUUAGUGGCAGCCUCUUCCUACAUGCAGCUGGACGGUGAGAACCAGUGCCUGAAGGCAGCACAGGACUGCGGCCUGUAUGAGAAGUGUGGCGCCCUGCGGUCAGAGUAUGUCCUGGCCUGCACCAAGCGGGUCUCCAUGACCAGCCGCUGCAACCAGCACAAGUGCCACCGGGCCCUGAGGCGCUUCCUGGAGCGGGUCCCUGAGGAGUACAGCCUGGGGGUCCUGUUCUGCCCCUGCACCAACACCCUGUGUGGGGAGAGGAGGAGGAAGACCAUCGUGCCCUCCUGCUCCUACCAGGACCCUGAGGGGGUGCAGCCCAACUGCCUGCACCAGCAGAGCUUCUGCCGCCGGGAUGACCUCUGCAGGUCAGACACCGCUCAGAUUGAUGUAUAUGGAUGA